UUAAAGGAAGACAAUAAUGUAACUAAUCAAAAUUGCUGGAGAUGCUCAUAGAAGUAGCUUACUUGCGAAUGACAUUAAUCUCAAUUCUCAAAUAGCUAGCUUACUUGUCUUAGCCUCUUAGGAGCAUUACUCGGUCUGUUUUUAUCUGAUUAUAAAUAAGAGGCUACGGCCCUGCAUAUGAGUACAUACAUGUUUAGUGCAGUAGAGAAAAUGGAGAUGGAAAGAUUUUUGGUUGUGAGCAUUUUGGUAACAUGUGUGCUAGUAAUCAGUGUGGGAGGUGAAGAAGAUGAAUCGUCACCUUCGGCUUCAGUUUCGGCUUGUGAGUUUCCAGCAAUCUAUAACUUUGGAGACUCGAAUUCAGAUACCGGUGGUAUAUCCGCUGCAUUCUACGCAAUGGCAUCACCCUACGGUGAAACUUUCUUCCACAGACCAGCUGGAAGGGCCAGUGAUGGUCGUCUAAUAAUAGAUUUUAUAGCCGAGAAGCUGGGGUUGCCAUACCUGAGUUCAUAUUUGGACUCAAUUCGGAGCAAUUUCCGACACGGUGCCAAUUUUGCUUCAGGAGGAGCAACCGUCAGGCGGCAGAAUGAGUCAUGGUUUGAGAAUGGUGCGAGUCCUUUUCCCCUUGACAUCCAGUUUGUGCAGUAUGAUCAGUUCAAGGCGCGUACCACCACUCUUUACAACCAAGCUAAGGAACUUUCUGACAUACAAGAUCUACCCAGAGCAGAAGACUUCUCAAAGGCUCUUUACACAUUCGAUAUAGGCCAAAAUGAUCUAGCUGCUGGUUUUCGGAAAAUGAGUACCGAGCAAUUUCUAGCAGAAAUUCCAGACAUUGUUAACCAGUUGGCCACAGCCAUCCGAAGUUUGUAUGACCGAGGGGCAAGGGCAUUCUGGAUACACAACACUGGUCCAAUAGGUUGCUUGGGAGUGACAUUACACUACAUCCAUGACCCGAGCCCUCCCGGAUACCUUGAUCGCCACGGUUGCGUCAAGUUUCAAAACCACAUGGCGAGACAGUUCAACAGGCUGCUCAAACAGAAAGUGAUCCAACUAAGGAAGGAACUCCCUCUUUCUGCAAUAACUUAUGUCAAUGUCUUUGCUGCUAAGUAUAAGCUCAUCAGCAAUGCAAAGAAGCUUGGUUUUUUCGAUAAAACGAAGAUCUGCUGUGGAUAUCAUGAAGAUUAUGACCAUGUGUGGUGUGGGAAUAAGGGAAAGAUAAAUGGGAGUGAAAUUUAUGCAGGUUCAUGUGAAGAUCCUUCCUUGUAUAUAAGCUGGGAUGGUGUGCACUAUACUGAGGCUGCAAAUCAUUGGAUUGCUAAUCAGAUUGCCACUGGUUCAUUCUCAGAUCCCCCAGUUUCAAUCACAAAUGCAUGUCAUAGGCCUUGAACUGUGCGACUGGUACUUUGCCAAUCUUAUAGUUAACAUGAAAGUAAUUCACAAUUCGACUUAGCGAUUUUAGUCCAUGUACUGUAUCCAAAUGCAUGUCAUAGGCCUUAAAACUGUGUGAUUAGUACUUUGCCAAUCUUAUAGUUAACAUGUAAGUAAUUGACAAUUCGACUCGGUGAUUUUAAUCCAUGUACUGUAUAAUGUUUGCAAAGUCA